UAAGCAUGUAAAUCAAAUUACCAAACAUCUCCAUAGACAGGCCAUUUUUUCCGUAUUACUUCCUACGUUUUUAAAAUGUAAGAAGCAAUAUAAUCCAAUUUCCAAAUCCUGUGUCGUCUUGUCGUCUGUCCAAAACUACACUAAAUCGGCAGUAGGUGGCGUGUUGAGCGUUUCUAUGUGGUCUGUCAUCAACCGGAGAGGAAGGAGGAUGAGGAAGUGGCCGGAGCAGAGGACUGGACCUGGAGAUGUAUCUAGCUACUUACAGUCACUGAACUAGCUGAGCAGCUAGAUAAUAGUAUUUGACAAUGCGAUGGGUAACUGCUGGGCAUACUGUGUCGGGCUUUUCAGGAGAGAAGCCAACAGGAUCCAGAGAGGAGGCGGGUCUAAAUAUUUCCGUAGCAGUACCACAGGGGAACAUUAUACAAUAGAGUUUGAAAACCUGGUAGAGAGCGAUGAAGGGGAGGGAGGGAGCCCACAGCCCUGCCCCAGGCCCAUCAGUGAAGAUGAGAUAAAGCACCUCAAAGAACACCACUACACUGCAAUCUCAGACAAACAGAUCCUAAUAGACCAGAAGCUCCGAGUGGAGUUAGAGGCACAAGAGGAGAAGUUAAGGCUAGAAGAGGAGGCUAGAAAUGCUGCCCAGCGUGAGGCCGCCAGGUUGGCACGUGAACGCAAAUUGACGGAGCAGUCGUCUGGCCAGAGGACACGGGGGAAAGCAGAUGGCUCUGGUGGUGAAAUUCAACGAAGAAAACAAACCUCAGGGGAAGAUUUUGAUGUCUACCUCCAGAAUGUGAAAGCCCAGUCUGAGGCUUUCAGGAGCAACAGACUUCCCUCUGACACAAACGUGGUGACUCCCAACACGGAGUGCAGCUGGGAUUUUACCACAAAGACCCGCUCCACCAAUGAUGACGGGACCUCUCUGGAUCUAGAGUGGGAGGACGAGGAAGGAAUCAAUCGAACACUUCCAGCUUGGGAGAGGUCUCGGACCGAGGAGGACAUCCUGCGUGCAGCCCUGAGGCCCGGCGGCAAGCAGAUGAACAGCGGCCCGACCUCAGCUUCUGAGGACUCCAACGCACUGGAGUGGGAGAAUGAUUUUGUGAGUACUCACCCAGAGGACGGUGCAGACACUGAAUUUGAAGGGUUUGUCAAUCCUGUCCUAGACACCCCCUCUGAGGAUGCCUCAGACUGUGGCCUCAGGUCGGAUGAGCAGAACAGAUAGUGUCCAGCACUAAAGGAGACGCCUGCAGUGCCCUCUUCAUGUCGAAGCUCACCAGCUUUUUGCCACAUGAAAUGGAAACGUACUUAUUGUAAUAUGAGACUCUGCUGCUGCAGGAACAUGUUGUGGCUCUCUACACUACAGUGUACAGUGUAGUGAUUUUUUUUUUUAAACUCAUUUUUCAGUGCCUUCAUUUGCUAAAUCAGCUGACCAUUUUAUGCACUGCAGCAGAUCAGUUACAUCCAUUGUCAUUUGACACAUUGUUCAGUAAGUGCUUCUUCUCAAUGCACAGAAACCAAAAUGUUGUCAAGCACAUAUGAAGGGAAACUUUACUGUAGGAGCACAUAGCUGCUGUAGCAACUGUGUGUUAUACUCCCUACGAAAAAUGGAGAGUGUGUCAUGCAGGACCAUUUAUUAAGGUAUAUUUUUCAGUGUCGGUGGGGGAUUUGUCCUCUGUGUUUGACCCCUCCUGACUGCCUAGCAGCUGCAGACAGCCACAAAAUAGUGCCCGUGGACCAAAUUCACCUUUAAGGCCAGAGUCUUGCUCAGUGGUGUUGGCAAGAGUGUUCUUGCAUGUGUUUUGGGGUGGAAAGAAACCAACAAAAGCACAGGAAAAAAACCAUCCAAACUCCUCACUCUGACCUUAGUCCCUCUCCUUUGUAUCAGCUCUGUCCUUUUAGGUUUAUUAAGUUACUGCAUGAUGGCAAAAAAGGAAGUGAAUUCUAUAUAUUUGCUGAUGACAAAGUUAUAACAUCGGGUGAAACAGUUUUAAUGAAUCAAUAUAAUGAUAGCCACUGUUUCCACGUUUGAGCCAACGCCCAGGGUUGUUUCUUCAGCUGCUUGGGGUGGUGAUUGGGCGUUGUCUUGUGAAUCAUGGAUUGAUUGCUCAGCAUAGUCUUGUAUAGUUUUCCUCACUUUGUUGGACAGCGAUCAGGGAUCAACGCUGGUUAUGGCUCUGCACAGCCUCGAGCAAGGCCGCUGAUGUUAGUGGAAAGCUGACAGCGGGUGAAUGAAGGUACAGUUUACGAUGUUUAAGUAGUAUUGAUUUUGACCAUUAUUCUGCAUCCACAUACAGUGUAUGUAUGUUAUGUCAUCAAUACAAACAGCUGGUGUAUAGAAAAAUUAUUAAGAUGUUAAUGUGAAUAACUGCUCUGAAAUACAGAGGACCAGUGGCAGAAGAUGCAAUAUACUGUUGGAUCGAACAUAAUCAAAACUCCCUCGUUGUACCUGCUUGAGAAACAGAUGUGACUGAUACUUGAUGAGUCACUGCCAUCUGGUGUUUGGCUUUUAUUCUGGAGAUAAAUCAUUUUUGAGUGUAAUGAAUGUUCAUUUAAUCCGAUCUGAACCAGAAAACAUAAAUAAUCUGAUUGUCAGUGUUGGAGGACCCAAGCGUCCUGCAUCAGUUACUGCAAGAAAACAAUAUUUGGGGGAGAGUGUCUGAGUCUGGAGGAAAAAAGUCCAGUGUUACCAAAUGUGCAAACAUGACUCCGUGGCCUGAACUUCGUCAUGUUCCUGUAACUGUGCUGCUCUCCCAAGGGAAUCUCCUGUAUAAACUAAUCUAGUUCACGUUUUCAUUCACUUUUUAUAAGCUGAUAGUUCGGCCCAUCACAGAUGUUCGAGCACGAAUUCAAACAAUAUCUUUCACAUUGAUCGGUUUGAAUCCUUGGCAGUUUACAGGUUUCACUUUGAUGUGCGCAUUUGUUACUUGGUUUCAGAAGACCUUCACUGAAAUAAUUAGUUUGUGUGAAGAGCCAAACGUGCACUGCUGUUGAAGUGUGUAGAGGCAUUUUAAUCCUGAAUAUUGAACGUGUAAUUUAAAAACUAUGUUUUUAAAUUACAUUUAAAUGUUUUGUUUUGCUGUGAUUAUAUGAACUCUAAUCACUGUAAAUCACUGUUUUCUGUAGUUAAAAAAAACCUUUACAUUCCUUGACACACUGAGCCUAAGAAAAAAAAUUUAAAUAUAUAGAAAAUGUCUUGGGCAUCACUUACAUUCACUAUCACUGCCUAAGGUACAUUGGAUACUUUAUUUGGCUUUAUUUUAUCAGAAAUAUUACCUGAACUGGUGAUAUUAGUCGCUAGACACAAGUAAUGUUCAUUUUGUCAUUUUAAAGUGAUAUUUCACACUGGUAGGAUGUUGUCAUUUCUCUAAUAAACACACUUGAAGUUCAGGACCCAAAGGUGACAAACCAAAGUAAUUUGGAUUUAUGGAUUUGUUUGUAUUGUUUGCAUCUGGAUUGAUAUCAUUGCCUGUAUCACUGAGGUUUUCCUGGUUAAAUAAAAGAAAGAAGAUUUAUGAGAACUACAGAUGGCAUCUAAACCAAUAUGAAGUCACAUUACAAUAGAAAUGACUGAUCUAAAAGACCAAUUAAAAGGUAGAUCCAGUACUAAACUCUCUUGUCAGACCUUGGGGAAAAGAAUGAAUUCUAACAGUGGAAAUGUCACUUUAACCAGAGGUACUGAAAAGAGGCCCAGAGACUGUUUACACUGCACUGUGUGUGUGUGUGUGUUGUUAGUGACUGUCUGUCAUAGCUCACCACCACUAUGGUUCACAGUCUUGAGUCCCUUUGGACGCACUGUUCAGAACACUGUCAGCUCAUCCACCAAAGCCUAUUUAUUGUACAGCUAAUCAUUUUCAUUAAACUUGGUACUGGUGACUGGUGUGCUCACUCAAAUGAUUCACAUAAUCACAUGACUUGGUUGAGGACAAAUAAGCAAUAAAACUCCUCAGUUGAUGCUGACUGUAUUUCUCUCCUUGAGGGACUGUUGAUCAAUGUUAUUCUCAUUUUCAAAUAUAAAGCAGGAUUUUGAUGGAGGCAACAAACCACCUGCAGGAGCCAGCGUUCGUGGGAAUGGGCUGUCAGAAAUCUGUGAGGUGUGUCUCAAACUGAAACGGUCUUCAUGUUGCUCUGCGUUUAAAAUAAAAUGGUGAUUCGUCUCCCUGCCGGUUCAUUAAGGUGUUAUUCAUUGACUGCGCCGAGCACACUGUGCCGGGUAAUAACCUUGUGAAAAAUCAUCUGAACAGGAAGUGAUGUAUUUUAU